AAUUUCUAUUUUUUCCAAGGGAUUUAUGUGUACUUUUGCCAGUGGCAAUCGUUUCAAUUUUAUACGCUGUUUUAUUUCAGGUAAAAACUCAAUAUGAAUAGUGAAGAAAGUUCUCGUAGUAGGCACUUGCAUAUGAGACAUGAAAAUAUUCCAACUAGAAAACAAAGACCUUGCAAAGCUUCACCAAGUGAAAUACCAAUAAUGGUAGGGGAUAAAAUGGAUGUUGAUGGGGAGGAAAAUAAAACGCACAAGAUGGACAAUAUUGACGCAAAUGUAUUCAAUAUGGCCACUGAUCAAAGCACAUGCAGUAAGCGUCCACAAAUUGGUGAAGAAAAGACUUUGCCUAAAAAACAAAGAAAAGAUACUGCAAUGACAUCUUUUGAUAAAUCACCGAUGAUGGAAGUUGAAUCUGUAGAAAUAAAUUUACAGAGUGAAGAAAAUGAAAUUAAACUGGAGGAAAGGGAAACUGAAAGAAUAGGUGCAGGACAAGUGAGUGAACGAGUAGUUUCAAUGAAAUUAAUUUGGGAUAAAGGGAACCCAGAAUUUAAGAAUAACUACAAGGCUAAAAUAUGUGCACUGCUGAAUUCAGGUGGUGGAAUUUUAGAAUUGAAAAAUAUCAAAGGUGGUGCUGUGACAUCUGAAAUGUUCGAUUCUUGGGCGCAAGGGUUUGAACAAAAUAUGGAAAUGAUGAUAACUCCUGAUAAUCCAAUGGAAUAUAUAGAUAUCAAAUGGACAAAAAAAAGUAAAUCUAUUUACGUCUUCGUCAGACCUGCUAAGAAGUGGAUAACUAUCUCAACAAAUUGUUAUCGAAUGUACAACUCUCAGAGUAAACUAAUGACUAUAGAUCAGUUAAAAAGUUUCCUACAGGGGAAAACUGAAGAAACAUCUCUGGAUGAAUUGCCGCCGCUGCCAACUGAAGUCUUUCUCAAUGAAAAACACUCGCUUCUACCACGAGAAUCAAAACAGCUUCAGUUUAAGGAAUUGAUGGAUAAGAAAAAGAAGAAAAUCAAUCAAAACGUAUCAGAGCAGAUCGGGAGAAAUCUUUCUGCAUUUGCCAACUUGGAAGGUGGACAUUUGGUAUAUGGUGUUGCAGACAAAACAACUACAGUUGUUGGUGUUACCCAUGAAAAUAUACGGAAGUUUCGCCAAAUUGUGAAUGAGGAGAUUAAGAAAAUGGAGUGGGGGCUUGAUCCUGAAGAAGAAACACACUACAAAAUUACUGAGAUACCUGUCGUAGGUGUUAGCAGCAGUGUCAUUGUAGUGUCUGUUGCUGGAAUUCGAGGUAGUGGAGGUGUGUAUCGAAGAUGUCCCACCAGUUACCAUAUCCAAGACGGUGAAGUGCAAGCAGUAGAUUUCGGGACCUGGAAGUGCAAAGUCCUUGGAGAAAAUCAGAAUCGACUUUCAGUUGACUACUUGACCCAAAAAAUGCAAAAACUGGACAUUAAUAAUGCUGCCUCCAAACCUGUAUAUUGCCUGGAGAAACCAGUUGCAAUGUUCAAAGCAACAUUGUUACUAGAAGAGGAUUCUAACGGCAAGUUACCUAUUCAUCCUGCUGCUUUCUAUGAUAACCUAGACAUGGGCUUGAAGCUCAAGAUCAAGGAACUUCUUCAAACACAGAACGAGUUCAAAGGAACUUGUGUUUGUGUCCACUUUCUGUACAAUGAGUUGGUCAAAGAAUCCAUUAACCCUGGUAACAGCUUAAGUCACCGAGCAGAAAAUCGUAUCUGUGAUAUUUUGCUGUGCUUGGUCAAUAGAGGCAUAUUUCUAAUUACUGUAGCUGAGAAUGUAACUGAAGACACUAAAAUAUACAAUCGGAUGACUGCUCAAAAGCUGAAGGAAGUCUUGACAACAGUUGGAGGAUGUACAGAGAAGUUCACUAUUAACUACAGCACUGUCAGUGUCCGGGAUCCAACAAUCGAGCUACCUGUUAUCAACAGUUUCUAUCCAAGUGAUUACCAUUCUAUCACGGUUUCUAAGUUUGAAGCCAUCAGCCUUGCGUUAACUAUUGUUCUGUUAGCAGUGCCGUCAACGUGCCUUUCAUCGCAGGUUGGUUGCUGUUAUCUGAACCUUUUGACGACAGAACAAUUCAACAUCAUAUACAACUGGUUUAACAAGGGUGGUAUGCAACAUGUCUGGGUGCGAGGACCUCCAGGUACUGGCAAGACCGUUGUGGCAUUAGCUGUAGCACGAAAGCUUCAUAAUGAGUGUUAUGUGAAAUCUGGUCAUUUUAGUAGUAAAGUACUAUAUGUUGCAGAGAAUAGUGCACUUGUUAACAAACUAAGACAAACUGAAGACUUUCAUUCUGCUACAAGAAAAACGUUUGUUAAAAAGGAUAAUUUGUAUCCUGUGAAACACAUUAUUAUGGACAGUGUGCAGAGUUACAGAGAUAUGGAAGACAAAAUCGCAGAUGAACCUUGGUACCAGAAAGCUAGAAAGAUCACUAAAGAGAAUUGUGGAAAACUGUGGUGUUUUAUCGAUCUCAUUCAGAAAACUCUGAUCGAAAACGAAUCAAUGAAAAGUGGCAUUCCUGAAGAAUUUUAUGAAGGCACUUUCCCGACCCAUACUCUGACAAAGAUUAUUAGAAACAGUCAGUCAAUUUUCAAAUUUUCGGAGCAAUUUCAUGGUGAUCAUUAUCAGGGGAUACAGUUAGAGAUAAGUCAUGAUUUUGAGGGUGAAAAGGUGAGGGAAUUGUCUUACAAGGACAAUUGGCAUUUGCAGAAUAAACUGAGAGAGUUAUUACUAGAAUUGACAAGAAGUGGGUACUCUCAUGGACAAAUUGCUAUACUAGUAAGCCGACAGAAAGAGAUUAAAGUGAAUGGUGAGCUGUUUAACUUCCUUGAAAGGUAUUUUCCUAUCAAUAAAUUAGAGGUCCAUGAUGAUAAUAGUAUCGUAAUUGGUUCAAUUAGGUGUUUUAGUGAUUUAGAAAGGCCUGUUGUCAUAGGUAUCGACCCUAAAGCAGAUGAUAUUUACCACAAUGCUGGCUCACUUAAAGCAAUCCUGUGUACUCGAGCUAUGGCUGUUUUGAUCAUUCUGAAACAAGACCUAUGA